AUGUUCUUUCAAAAUAAAUUAACAACAUUCAUUAUUUUUAAAAUUCUUGCUUUUUCCUCCAUUGGCGAUUUUUAUUCUUCCCCAACACAAUUUUGUGAUCAAACAAGUGAAUGUUUGCUCAAAAUACGUCGAAUGGUACAGGACACAAAUCGCUUUUGGUUUGGAGACCAAUGGCGAUAUUAUUGUGGACAAAAUCAAAUAAAAGAGAGGCAAAGACAUAUGAAGAAUACUCUAGAUUGUUUAAAUCCAACAGAAUUGGCACCAUUCACUAGCCUCGGAAACCGUCUUUUUCGAGUUCAUACAUUCACCCUGGAUUAUUUGGCCAAUUUACGAAUUUUUCCACAAAUGCAUUUUCGACCACGUUCAGGUCAUUAUCGUGCAUGUUCUCACAAUUUUGAAGUUAACAUCACUGAGGAUGAUCGUAUUUUUGGACUUCCAGGUCAUCCCCUCGCACGGCCAAUUCCCUCAUUCCAAGCUCAGUUACCUCCAAAUCUUAAUUGGCCUGAAUUACAUGCAAAUCAAUCAUUGGUUAUUUUAAUGUUAGACCCAGGAUGGGGUCGUUUACUUUAUUUGGCUAUUGACUUUCCUAUAAAUACAAAGGUGAUUUAUAAUACAUCUCUGGUAAAAAAUAUUUUACACUAA